AUGCAAACUACUUCAAAAGAAGCUCGAAUCAAUUUAGCUAUUGAGGCUAUUCGUACAUCUCAAAAUUUGAGUAUUCGGAAAGCUGCAAAACUCUAUAAUAUACCUCAUAUUACCCUUACUUCUAGAAUGAAUAGAAUUCUGUCUUUUACUGAACAUCGAUCAGCAAAUCAUAAAAUGACAGAAUUGAAGAAGAAAUCGCUUCUUCAAUAUAUAUUGGAUAUAGAUGAAAGAGGGUUUAGUCCUCGAAUAAAUGAUAUAGAAGAUAUAGCGAAUUAUAUAUUCAAAACGCAGGUGGGUAGAUAUCGAAUGCUAGUGCUUGAUGGGCAUGAAAGUUAUAAAUCGCCAGCAUUUCAGGAAUACUGUAAGGAACACAACAUUAUAUUACUUAGUUUACUAUCUCAUUCUUCAUAUUUAACUCAACCACUCAAUAUCGAUUAUUUUGGUCCUUUAAAGUAUUUAUAUAAUCAACAAAUCGAGAACUUUAUCAAGGUGUAUAUUACUCAUAUUACCAAAACCGAGUUCUUUCAAGCCUUCAAAGCUGUAUAUAUCGAAGCAAUACCUAUAUCAAAUGGUAAAGCUGGGUUCCGCAAAGCUGGGCUAAUCCCAUUUAAUCCGGAAAUUGUACUUUCAAAGCUAGAUAUUCGAAUAAGAACUUCAUCAAAUAGAUCAAUAUCAAUCGAUCCUGAUAUAUGGCAAUCUCAAAUAUUUUAUAAUCCAAUUGAAGCUUUUUCUCAAUUUACUUUAAUGAAAAGUCGUAUUACUCAAUAUCAAGGGAGCUCAUCUACUCCAAUAUUUAAAACAAUUACAGCUUUAGCUAAAGGUAUAGAGCUUUUAGCUUAUACGAAUACGCUUUUAGCUGCUGAGGUUCAUAGUCUCUACAAAGCAAAUAAAGCAUUUAGUAAACACCAGAAAACUAGAAAAGCUUUAAUACAAAAAGAAGAAGUACUUUCAGUAGAAGAUAAACAUGAUAUAUUAGAACAAGAAAAUAUAGAAGAUCAGAUAUGA